AUGGCCCAACCCACCGCCGAGCUCGAGAAGGUCUUCGGAACUCUAAACCUCAAGGAAACCUUUGCGGGCGAUGAAUUCAAGUCCCGACCCGCUCCGGGUAAGAAUGGCCGACCUCUUACGGUCUUCGCCAAUAUGUACCCGGUUGCCAUCAAGCCGGGACAAACCGUUUGGCAUUAUACCGCCGACAUCGACCCCGUCGUCAAGGUCGCCAAGCAGAAAGAACCCCGCCAGCUUAUGCAGGAUGUCUGGGUCCAGGCCGGCAAGGAGGCCAAGGGUGCCAUCAAGACUGCCUUCGAAGCCGCGGCGUAUGACCUUGUCGGGAAUGUCUGGUCUCCCGUCGAGUUCCCCCUCGACGGCUCCAGCAAGUGCGAGGUCGUCGUCAACCUCCUCGAAGACGGCUCGGAAGCCAAGGACGACAAACGUCGCUUCAAAAUCGUCAUGCGGCCUGCCAUGAGCAACCGCAGCUCCACGGCCAAGCACACCAUCGACCUCGACUCAAUUGGUGACUUCUGCAAGGGCACCAAGCUGGACGAGCAGGCUGCCGAGAGCAUGCUUGUCGCCACCCAGGCGAUGAAUGUCCUUCUCCGCCAGGACGUCUCGCUGCGAUACAAGGCUGUCGGCGCUCAAGGUCGCCGAUUCUUCGGUACUGAUGGCGCAUCCCUUCUUCCCGAAGGCGGUGUGUGUCUUUCCGGCUUCAUGCAAUCGUUCCGCUUCACCCAGUCGGGUCACGCAGCCGUUCAGCUCGAUACCGCCUACUCGGCGUUCUUCAAGGCUGGUCCCCUCGUCGACCUGAUGGGCGAAAUCCUCGGCACGGGCGGAGGCGGUGGCUUCCGAGGUGGUCGUGGCGGACCCCGAGGCGGUGCGCCCGGUGGUGGUGCUGGCGGUCUUCAGACUCUGGACAUGAGGCAGAUCGCCAAGCUGAACGGGCUGCUUCGGUCCGCCAAGUUUGAGUUGAUUCACCGAAAGUCCUCAAGGCAGUACACGUUCCUCAAGAUUACCGCGCAGCCCGCUGCCGAGUGCAAGUUCCUCCUUGACGGCAAGGACGGCAAGGAGUCGAAGAUGGUAACCAUCCCCGAGUACUACAAACAGACGUACAACGUCACGCUGCAGAAGCCCCGUCUUCCAUGCAUCUCUUUCGGCGCCGGCGGGAAGAACAAGGUCCCUCUCGAGCUCGUCCGCCUCGUAGAGUACAACAGCAUCCCGUUCUUGAAGCUCUCGGGAGACCAAACUGCCGCCAUGAUUAAGGUCGCUGCCAAGCGCCCAGAGGACCGAGUCAAGAUGAUCGGUGACUGGCGCAAGAAGCUUGACUGGGGAAACCUGCCCAAGGUCAAGGCUUGGAACGUCAAGAUUGACCCCAACAUGAUGCAGGUCAAGGCGAGAGUUCUCGCCCCGCCCGUCAUCACUUACUCUGCCAACAAGACUCAGCAGCCUUCGGGAGGGCGAGCUUGUUCCCAGUGGAACAUGCGUAACACCAAGUACGCCAAGGCGGGCAAGAGCUUGAAGUCUUGGGCGAUCGUCAACCUCGACGGCAGGCUUCCGAUGGAUGUUAUUCAGGGCUUUGUCGUUCGUCUCGCACAAAACCUCAAUAUCACGAACUGUCCGGUCGAGAAUACCCGCCCACCGAUCGUUGACGGCGCGGAUGGCCGUCGAUUUGACGUGAUGCAGCAAGGGUUCUCGUGCAUCAAGCCCGCACUCCAGAACGGCGCUCGCGAGGCGUACAUGCAGAGCAAGAUCAACCCGCAGCUGAUCGUCAUCAUUCUACCAAACAAAGAUCUGGGGCGAUACGCCGAGAUCAAGCGGUGCGCCAUGCAGGAUCUCCGGAUGCCGGUCGUGACUCAGCUGCUCCAGUCGCAGAAAAUCUCGCCGACCAAUCGCGGAAUGGACCAGUAUGUCGGAAAUAUACACUGUAAAGUCGGGGGCGUGACGCACCACGUGCCCAUGCCGAACAUUUUGGACAAGACGACGAUGAUGAUUGGAGCGGAUGUCACCCACCCUCCUCCCGCCGGAGCCGGUCAGAUCGCACCCUCGAUUGCCGUGACAAUCGCUUCCAUCUCUGGCGACAACAACCUCUUCUGCCCCGAAAUCCGCAUCCAAGAGGGUCGUAAGGAAUCCAUCACCGAUCUGAAGGACAUGGUCAAGCAACACUUGAUCACGUUCCAGAAGAACGCCAAGGCGCUCCCGGCAAAGAUCAUCAUGUUCCGAGAUGGUGUCAGCGAGGGCCAGUUUGCGAUGUGUGCGACCGAGGAGUACGAGGCAAUGCUGAAGGCUGCCCGCGAGAUGGACCCGAAAUACCGACCGAAGAUCACUUUCGUCAUUUGCGCCAAGCGUCACUCGAUGCGCUUUUUCGCAAUGACCCAGCAAGACGGCGAUCGGACCGGAAACCUUCAGCCUGGUCUCGUCGUCGACACGGGUGUUUGCCAUCCUUUCGCGUUCGACUUCUACCUCCAAGCCCAUUCCGGCCUUCAAGGAACAGCGCGUCCGACGCACUACGUGGUUGUCAAGGAUGACAUCGGCUUUGACGCGGAUAAGAUGCAGGGACUGUGCAACUCGCUUUGCUACUCUUACUCCCGUGCUUGUCGCUCGGUCUCUCUCAUCCCGGUCGCUUAUUACUGCGAUAUCAUCGCUGGUAAAUGUCGAGACUUCCUUUACAAAGACGACUCGGACGUUGCUGCGUCCGUCUCGAGCGGGUCUGGCCCGGACCGCCCGAUGGAGUUCAAUUCGAUGGAGCUCAUGAAGCGGAUCCAAUCCAACCCGGACUUCAACUCGGUCGCUUGGUAUAUGUGA